AGCUGUAUCUACAUUUUUAGUUUUCAGUACAUAUUUUCAACACAGCACUCGAACAUUACUGGUGUGGCUAUGUGGACGCUAUGAUUUACGAGCAGCUCUUGAAUGCAACGUGAUGCUUUUUUUCUGAGGAGGGCUGAUGUCAUUUCAAAACUUGCAUUCUCAACUUAGCGCGGUCAGUCGCUUACCAUCGUUUCCACGGCGCAGUCCUUCCUCGUGUUUAACGGGGCAGAUUUGGUCCUUUAAAAAAUAAAAAUAAAAAAGGGAUUUUGAACGAGAAGCUUUUAACAAAAACCCUCAUCUCUGCAGGCGGGAGGAGGAUAUUUUCGGCAGGAGACAGAGAAACGGAGCCCCACUCGUUCACGGGCAGAGGCGGCUGAACUUUUUUUCCCCUUUUGGAUUCUAUUUAAACCACACGAAAAUGAAUCGGAGCUUUAAUAAAUCACAGCCUUUGCGACACAUCGACUGCAACGCUGUGGAAGUGAAAAGCAAGUAUGGGGCAGAGUUUCGCCGGUUCUCGGUGGACCGGGUUAAACCAGGAAAGUUCGAGGAGUUCUACAAGCUCCUCUUGCACAUUCACCGCAUUGCUAAUAUGGAGAUGAUGAUCGGCUACGCUGAUGUUCACGGGGACCUGCUGCCAAUAAACAACGACGACAACUUUUGCAAAGCAGUGUCAACAGCUCAUCCGCUCCUCAGGAUAUUCAUACAAAGACAAGAAGAGGUCGACUACAGCACCUUUGGCACCAACACCAUAACCCGUAAGAAGAAGGCCGCCGUGGUGCUGCGCAACAGCGACAUCAACCGCCGGCGCCCCAACAUCCACAUCGGCAUGCCGCACGACUUCCGACCCGUUUCCUCCAUCAUCGACGUGGACAUCCUGCCGGAAUCGCACCGCCGCGUCCGCCUGUACCGGCACGGCUCGGACAAACCUCUGGGCUUCUACAUCCGGGACGGCACCAGCAUGCGCGUGACGCCUCACGGCGUGGAGAAAGUCCCGGGCAUCUUCAUAUCGCGCAUGGUGCCGGGAGGCCUGGCGGAGAGCACCGGGCUGCUGGCCAUCAACGACGAGGUUCUGGAGGUGAACGGCAUCGAAGUGUCGGGGAAGUCCCUGGAUCAGGUGACGGACAUGAUGAUCGCCAACAGCCACAAUCUGAUUGUGACCGUCAAGCCGGUCAACCAGCGCAACAACGUGGUCCGCGGCAGCAGGAUCUCCGGCAGCUCCGGCCAGUCGUCCGACAGCAGCGGCUCCACCGGCUACCCGUCGAUGGCCGCGGCGCGGGAGAUACCCUCAGGCGCGCACGGUUACCACGACGAACUGGAGAGCGACGAGGAAACGGAUAUCGUUAUCGAGAACAGCCUAAAGCGGCCGUCACAGAGGUCCAACUGCUCUUUAGCGUCCAGUGCGUCACGCACGCAGCCGCCGCCGCCAUCCAACCGCAACCCCCCCACUCGACCCUCCUCCAUGGUCCUUACCGCGUCCUUCCACUCCCAGACGAGUCUGAACGGCGGCUCCCACCAGCACCAGCACGGCGGCAGCCUCAGCCAGCAGCUCCACAAAGACCCCAAGCACAGCCAGCAGCAGAAACCCGGCCAGCCGCUGCACCACAGCAGCAACCCCGCCCUCCGACACAGCAACGGCAGCCUGCACAAAAUCCUCAACUCCCUGAAAACGGACCCACGCCACAGCCUCGCCCUCCCUAAGGGAGGGGUGGAGGAGGAUGGCACCGUCAUUACCCUAUAAUGCUCCCGAACGGACAGAAACAUCAAAGCUGCUCAGACUGCAAACGCCAGCUGUUGACUUUCACUAGAUGAUGGGAAGUUUCCUGCAACUCCAGUGUACAUACAUGACGUAUUUUACAAAAUACUCUUCUGUCCAACAAGAGAAGAUUCUGUAUUUUCUUAAAGCUUCAGAACAAACGACUGUUUUUCGACAUUUCCACUGUAGCUUCUAGAUCUGAAUGUACUGACUGUCUCCGAGUGACCACUGAUCAGGAUCCUUUCUAUUCCUACUUCUGGGACCAAUGUGGGCUUGCUUUUGGAUUUUUUUAAAGAGUAAAUGUAUAUUCUUAUGUGUAGAUGAUGUUUUUAUUGUCUUUUAUGCAUCAAUGAUUGUGAUCAAAUCUUUGUAUCUGUUUCAAUAAAUUAUUCUAUCUCUUUUA